AUGGAGCGCAAGGAGCAAGGAGACCUCAUGGUCUUUCCGGUGUUUUACAAAGUGGAUCCUCGUGAAGUGAGAACACCGAGAAAGGGUUACUUAGAAGCUAUGGCUAAGCAUGAGGGCAAGUUUGGGAAGGAUUCGGAGGGAGUAAGGAGAUGGAAGAAUGCUCUUUCCGAGGCUGGUAGCUUGUCCGGGUGGCAUUUUACUGAUGGGGGGCGCGGCGAUGGGGGGAGCGCAAUGAGGGCGGCCGUGGGGCCAGUGGUGAAGGCAGAGGGGAGCAUGUUCUUUCCUCACUUUGUCUCAGGAUAUGAAGCGGGCUUUAUACAACAUAUCGUGGGGGAAAUCUCAACUCAACUGGAUCGAGUGCCACUAGAUGUAGCCAAAUAUCCGGUUGGGAUAGAUUCCCGAGUACAACAACUUAGAACAAUCUUGAAUCUACAGUCCAAGGAUGAUGUUCUUAUGGUAGGAUUAUGGGGACAAGGAGGUGUAGGGAAGACAACCCUUGCUAAAGCCAUUUAUAAUGCUGUGUUUAGAGAGUUUCAAGGUUCUAGUUUCUCAGAACGUGUUAGAGAAAAUAGCAAAAGUCCCAAUGGUAUGGUUGCUUUGCAAGAAAAAUUGCUAUCGGAGGUAUUAUUGGGGAAGACCUUUACAGUUUAUAGUGUUGCAAGAGGAAGUUGUUUGAUUCAAGAUAGACUCCAUAAUAAAAAAGUUCUCAUUAUCCUCGAUGAUGUUGAUGAUGCAUGGCAGCUAGAUGCUUUAGCUGGAAAUUGCCAAUGGUUCGGCAAUGGAAGUAGGAUAAUUAUCACAACAAGAGAUAAGCAUAUUCUAGUUUCUCAUGGGGUAAAUCGGGAUCAUAUGUAUGAAGUUGAAGCUCUUGACAAUAGUGCAGCUCUUGAACUUUUUAGAAAGCAUGCUUUUCAAGGAAAUCAAGAAAUAGAAAUAAGCAACAAUCUUGUUGACAGGGUUUUACAUUAUGCCAAAGGCCUUCCUUUGGCUCUUGAAGUGUUGGGUUCUUCCUUGCGUGGUAGAGGAGAAAAUGAAUGGAAAAAUACCCUCCAAAAACUUUCCAAAAGUCCCGACAAAAAAAUCAAUGACGUGCUAAAGGUAAGUUAUGAUGGAUUGGAGAACUAUGCAAAGGAGAUUUUUCUCGACAUUGCUUGUUUCUUCAAAGGAAGAGACGCAGAGUACAUUAAGAAAGUUCUUGAUAGUUGUGAUUUUCACACGAUUAUUGGGUUAAGCAUUCUCAUUGAGCGCUCCUUGAUUAGGGAAGAGCAAGGGACCUUACAAAUGCAUGACUUAAUACAAUCAAUGGGUAUGGAUAUCGUUAAAGAAGAAUGUCGAGAUGAUCCCGGAAAACGCAGUAGGUUAUGGCUUUAUGAUGAUGUUCUUGAUGUUCUACUAGGAGAUGUGGGAACGGAUUCGAUAAAAGCCAUAGUGUUGAAGCUACCAAAGCCAGAAGUGAAGUAUAUUGGUCCAAAUGCUUUCACAAACAUGAGAAAAUUGAGGUUGCUCAUCUUGCAGAAUGUAGUGAACUCUUUUUCUGGUCCCAUCCACCUCCCUAAUGAGUUAAGGUGGUUUGAAUGGCCUCAAUGUGCCUCGAUUCCAGAAUUUAGAGAUGGUCCAAAGAAGUUAGUUGGACUUGAUCUAUCGAACACCAACAUCGCAGGAGUGCUGAAACAAUUUAAGUGCUUUGUAAAAUUGAAAUUCGUUAACCUCAGCAUGUGCCCGUCGCUGGUUUGUAUGCCGGACCUCUCUUGUACUCCAACUCUCGAGGAAUUGGAUCUCUCUGGUUGCGAAAACUUGGAGCGUGCCCAUGAAUCAGUUGCAUAUCAUGGAAAGUUACGGAAGUUAGAUUUAGAAAUUUCAUGGCAAAACACAUCACCAAGUUGUUCUACCUGGAAGGGAGAUGCCAAAGUGGUUGCUCCCUAAUAAAGAAGGUUAUAUAUCUUUCACGGCUUCAAAGGACUUGUAUAAGAAGUUCUUGGGAGUGGUUUUCUGUAUUGUAUUCCGAACAGAAGGAAAGGGGGUUUGCAACUUUCGGCUCGACGCAUCCGUUAAUGGUAGACAAGGUAUGGAUUAUGGUGAUAUUCUCGAUUCACCUAAUUUGGAUCAUGUGUGUCUUGGGUAUCGGAAAACAAAGGAUAUAUGGAGAGUAGAUGAUUUUGGUCCACAUGACUCGAGUCAUUUCCACGUUAGCAUUAGAGUAUAUAGAGAUCUAGAUAAGAGGGUAAUUGUGAAAAAGUGUGGAUUCAGACUAAUAUGCAAGCCACUAAAGAACGAUUUGGAGGUUUUGCUUCAAAAUGAUCAGUUGCUGGAUUCAGCUUUACUCUACGAAGUUGGAUAUGAAGAUAGUCAAACGAGCUUAGACAAGGAAGGUUCAAGUGAAACAGAAGAUUUACAAGAUAUUCAAACAGGCACCGAGGAAGAUAGUUCAAGUGAAUUAGUGCACGAAGGAUGGAACAUUGCUGCCUUCUCAAUUGAGAAGCAUCGCUAUUCCUCUAUUAAUCCUCGUUAUCGAAAUGUUCGCCCUGGAGGAGAGAUGCCAAAGGAGUUUGUCCUUGUUGGAGACAGCACCAUAUCGUUCAUGGCAUCACAAGACUUGUACGACAAGCUCCUAGGAUUGGUCCUCUGUGUUGUUUUCGGCGUAGAAGAUGGACGAAAGGAAGUAUCUUUUGACAUUGUGCCACAUGUUAACGGUCAAAGACGGAAUGUGCUAGCAGGAACUCCGGGUUCGUUUGAUUCAGAUCACACAUGGAUUCAAUAUCUCAUACCAAAUGUGUUGUGGGGAGCGUUGGAGGGAGCAGUUGAUUUCGCUCAAUUUGAGGAGAGUUAUCUACGAUUCAGCCUUGCAGUUAGAGUAUCCGGUGGAACUGUAAAAAAAUUGGGAUAUUUGCUAAGCUGCAGGAGACUAGAGGAUGAUUUGAAGGUUGUGCUUGAAGACAAACAA